GAGUCGACAUACAUUCUAUUUUCGUAUAUUUUUUGAAAACCGGAAAAGUUAAACCACGAUUGUUUUUUUUUUCCACGAAAUUAAUCUUUAAAGAUGGUUAAUUAAGCAUGCUGCUCGGGCGUGGCUUCAGACAUUCUCCACCUUCUAGGGUUCUUAUCUCGGCAAUUCCAGGAAAAUGGAAGUGAAAGCGAGAGCUCCAGGGAAGAUCAUUCUCGCAGGCGAACACGCGGUUGUCCAUGGAUCCACGGCAGUAGCUGCCGCCAUUGAUCUCUACACUUACGUCACCCUCCGUCUUCCUCGUCAAUCAGCUGAGAACAAUGAUAGGCUUACACUUCAGCUCAAGGACCUUUCCUUGGAGUUUUCCUGGUCCUUAGCCAGACUCAAAGAAGCAAUCCCUUGUGAUUCAAGCACUUUGUCCCCUUCUACGCCGACUUCAUGUUCAGGCGAGACCCUUAAAUCAAUUGCGGUUUUGGUUGAAGAGCAGAAUAUUCCAGAGGCAAAGAUUUGGCUCUCCUCUGGCAUCUCAACCUUUCUCUGGUUAUACACCAGCAUCAUAGGAUUCAGUCCGGCUACGGUCAUCAUUACAACCGAGCUUCCAUACGGAUCUGGCCUCGGUUCAUCAGCAGCUUUUUGUGUAGCUCUCACAGCUGCUCUCAUUGCAUCUUCUAGUUCAGACAAAACCCGCAGUGACGGUUGGUCCUCUCUCGGUGAAACCAAUCUCGAGUUGCUGAAUAAAUGGGCGUUUGAAGGAGAAAAGAUCAUCCAUGGGAAACCUUCUGGGAUCGAUAACACCGUCAGUGCAUACGGCAACAUGAUCAAGUUUUGCUCAGGCGAAAUAACUCGGCUACAGUCAAACAUGCCCCUGAGAAUGCUUAUCACCAACACCAAAGUCGGGCGGAACACGAAAGCUCUGGUCUCUGGUGUGUCAGAGAGAACGCUCAGACAUCCAGAUGCGAUGAAAUCGGUGUUCAAUGCAGUGGAUUCUAUAAGCAAAGAGCUUGCUGCAACCAUCCAAUCCAAAGACGAGACCUCGGUUGCAGAGAAAGAAGAGAGUAUAAAAGAACUCAUGGAGAUGAACCAAGGCUUGUUACAGUCAAUGGCGGUUAGCCACGGCUCGAUUGAUACCGUGAUCCGAACCACGGCCAAGCACAAGCUUACUUCAAAACUGACCGGAGCUGGUGGUGGCGGCUGCGUCCUCACUCUAUUACCUACCUCGGUUUCAGGGACGGUGGUGGACAAAGUGGUGGAGGAGCUCGAGUCCAGCGGAUUUCAGUGCUUCACAGCGUCAAUUGGUGGCAAUGGAGCUCAGAUUUGCUUUUGAUCAUACCGGAAUAUCCUGGUGCUAUAUGGUUAGCAGAAUCAUAUUUGGCCUCUCACCAUUCUUAAACAUGCUCACGUCUACUAGAAGAAGGCUGCAACUAGAAAUCCAAAGAGUCAAAUUUUUUUAAGUAUUGAUGUGUUGAAUGUAAAAAUUCUUUAUUACCAUGUGAAAAAUGGUUGACAACAAGCAAAGAUAGUUUUUUUUUCUUCCCUUUUUUUGGGUUUAAAUUGUUGUGAAUUGUAGAAAAGUAAUGCAUGAUAAUGGACAGGGAAGUUGGAUUAUCUUGACAGAAUGUAUGAACUUAACACUGCUUUAGUUCCUCA